AAAUAGAUGGAUUCACUUCUCAUUUAGGUUAUCGCAAAUAUGGCUGGCGAUUCUGGUUCAGGACGUGUUAUACUGAUCCCCAUUGAUGGCAGCGAACACUGCGAACGGGCAUUUCGUUGGUAUCUGGACAAUAUGAAACGAGAAACUGACUGCAUAAAGUUUGUCCACGUAAUCGAACCAGUUUAUAAUACUCCUGCCAUUGGACUGACAAUGGAAUCUCCUCCAGUACCUGAUAUGACCCGCGUUAUGGAAGAAAGCAUUGAUGCAGGUAAAAAGCUUGGACAGAAGUAUAUGCAUGAAGCCAAAGCCCAUAAACUUACUGCCCAAGCGUUUUUACAUGUGGACACUAAGCCUGGAAGUUCUCUUGUGAAAGCUAUUUCGGAUCACAAAGCAAGUGUUAUUCUGAUGGGUAAUCGUGGGGUCGGAGCUAUUCGUCGUACAUUCUUGGGAAGUGUCAGUGACUAUAUUCUUCAUCAUGCUCACAUUCCUGUGAUUAUUGUCCCACCUCCAGAAAAGCAUUAACAUAACGGCUGUCAUGGUAAUAACUGCCCUAUUUCACAGCUAGAAAUUUUAUGUGCUCCUGGAAGAAACCAACACAAAGUGAUGCUUCAGCAGUUUUGUUGCUCUCUGAGUGUCGGAUUUCCAUAGCAAAAAGUUUUUCACUGCCGUCUGACAAGGAAGCUAGCUCGAUACAACUUCUUAAAAUAAUUUAGAGAAUUAGUCAGAAGAAGAACUAGUUUUCUUACAUUUUUUGUUAUCUACUUCCUUCCUUGUUUCUUUUUAUUAAAUUAAAACAGUUUCAGGAAAAUCGAUUUACAUCUUUCUUUCAUUUUGUACCCCAGUUUAUCUGCAAAACUUCUAUCCAACCAAUAUAUAUUACCCUUGAAAAAUAAAAAAAUUUCAAAAUUGAUGGUCAAUAAACUUAUCUGUUAUUUGAUUGAUGCAAAUAAUUCUCGACUAUUCAUCUUACGGAAUAGGGCUGAUCGGUUUCUGUAGACAUGUGGUAUUCUAAGAUGGAUACCUCCAUGUUUUCUUCAGUCCUUAAAUGAUUUAAUUGGUGAACAUUGCGCUUUAUGGUGCUCUUCACGUCCAUUCAGUGGUUUAGUAUACUGUCCUUAGGAAUAUGUUAGGCCAACAAGUGAAACAUCUAAUCGAAUAUAUUUUGUACGUACUUGAGAUAAAACUCGCUGUACCAUGAGAUUAGUUAAAUACUGUAAGUGUAGAGAUGGCUGACGGCUGUUAGUUUGAAACUUCUAAGAUAUGAUCAUUCAUGCUUUAGCACUUAAUCAGCAGCAUAGUCUUCACUUCACUAGGCUGUUACGUCAUUAAUGAGAUACCAGGUAAUAGUUCAGUAUUCUGUUAUUUCUGCUAUAUAUCAUUCUUCUAGUAACGCUAUUGUCAGUUGUUCUAACAUCUGAUACGACAAGCUUCAAAAGUUAUAAUUUUGCAUUGGAACUUUGGGAAAUCCACUUGAAACAUAAUUAUUGAUCAGAAGCAUGAUGUAUUUAGUAUUUUGUGACUGACGUCAUUGUUUUAGUGGUGAAUUGUUCAACUUCGACACUAAGCAACACAAGUACGUGUUACGUUACUUUAAAGUUGCAGAUGCAUACGAAAAAAGUGUCAAAAAUUAAGAAAUCGCAAUCGAACAGGACAUUUCUGGGUUAGUUUCCCUGUUGGCGACGUCAACUGGUAUUCACUGAAAAAUCCUUUCGCUUAAUUCAGCAACUAUCAAUAGAUUUUGUGCAGCAUCUGGUGAACUGUACCUAUAAGGAAAGCAGGAUUUCAUCUGUCUUCUUUAGAACUCAGGUUCUUAUGAGAUACAUAGUGUACAGCAUUCAGUAAAGGUCAGAUAAUUAUGAAGGUUAUUUCACGUAGAAUGUUCAUUUGAUUAUUCACUAUAACUGUGACGUUUUAACCUUUAAAGUGAAAUAAUCAAGUUACAUCAUCACUAAAGUUUAUCAUUAGAAAAAAAUUAAGUAAUAUACAUAAAGGUGUAUAUCAGUUAGAAAAAGACCGAGAGUUAGGUUGAGGUUAAGAUAUUAAGAUAAUUUAAUUUUACUAUUACUUCUGUUUAUCGUAUCAAGGAUUCGUAGAUCAAGAAAACGAAUUUUCUUUGUAAUAUUUUCCCUUGACCAAAUUCAUCAGUCAAUUUUUUCACAAGGAAAUUCGCUGAGAGUUACUAAUAAUUUCAGCAUAUUAGCUAUGCUAAACUUUUCAACGAAUUAGGCAAACUACUCCAUAAAAGUUCGAUUCCAAACAAUCAGUAGUGGUAAUCUGAUCACUAAUAUUCAAUCGUAUACUUCAUAAGUGUCAACUUCCAGGUUUUCCACUACAUGAUGGCGUUUUUACAACGUAAAUGUGUCUUUCUAGAUCGGUCAACGGAAACAAACAGUGCCUGUUUCUUCUAUCUCCUCUACAAUUAAGAGUAACAGUGAUGUGCCAAUUAAACAGGUUAUGCAGUUGUUUACUAGAUUUACAAUUGAUUUCCAUCACUUUAGUGUUUCGUGCCUGUCGAUGGGAAACUUCUGCAAGUGUUACAGUGUUAAGUGCCUAGAGUCAUCAAAAUUACUUUUAAGCAUAAGACUUAUAUUAGGAAAACGACACUCAAAUUUCAUUUGGCUAGAUCCAGCAAGUGGAUUGCCAAGUUUGUAAUGUACUUUCUAAGCAAAAAUAAAAUAUCUCUUCACCGUGUCCUUGUAACAGUGUAUUCUUUGAGUCCUUUAGUCACGACUGCCUAACGUCUAACAGUGAACAAGUUUCCUAAUA